CGAGAGCGCCGCAGCAGCCUGCACAGAGCUACACGGCUACGACCAGCCUGCACCGACGCCGCACGACGCCAUCCUCCCCCAUCCGCACCCGCGCCUCCUCAUCAGCGACGUUCCGUCGACGUCCUUCUCCCGACUCGACACCACCGCCUGAGCACGAUCCCACACCACCAUGGCGAGCCUCAAGCUGGCGUCGCUCCUCCUGCGCACGCUCUCGAAACCGAUCGCGACAAAGCUCAAGCAGCAGGCCAAGGAGCACGACGGCUUCAAGAGCCGCACGGUCGCCAUGGCCCAGUUCAUGCACCGCGCAGAGAUGAACCUCCGCGUCAAGCUCCUCGGCGAGUCGCCGCGGCAUGUUCGCCCGCUGAGCGAGACCAAGGCCAUCGAGCAGGGCGCCAAUUUUCUCAGCGAGGGCUUCCUCUUCUCGGUCGCCGCCGCCAUCAUCAUCGGCGAGACGUGGCGAGGCAAGCGCGCCGAGAACAAGCGGCGCGACAAGGUGGCGGACGCGCUCGAGGCGCACGAGGCGCAGCUCGAGGCGCUCGAGCUGAGGCUCGUCGAGGAGCAGAAGGAGCGCGAGGAGGUCGUCAAGCGCGAGCGGGAACUGGGCAAGGUCGUCGAGGAGAUCGUCCUCAUUGGCCUGCACGGCGGCUUUGGCGAGUUGCCCGACGAGUGGAAGCGGCACCUGGCGGCGGGCGAGCUCGCGCGGCGGUUCGGCACGUCCGAGCGGGUCCUGCGAGAAGACGAUGCCGACGACGAUGACGAGGCGGGCGGCAGCACGGCGCUCUCGGCGCGGGACGAGGACGAGUGCCCUGCGGUCGACGCCGAGCGAUUACCCAAGGCGCUCGAGAGGGCGUCGUCGCUGCUGAGCGCGUCGGCGGCGGCGGACGAGGAGGACCCGGCGGCGGGGCGAGGAGGCGAGCCGAGCGCGAGCACCUCUCUUGCAUAGACUCUCGGGCCGUAGCUGCUAGACAUGCGUGUGCGAUUGGAAGACAGUAACAAGAUU